ACAAUCCAUAGCCGCAUGGUGACGUCACGCCGUUGAUCGGUAAUAGUGGCUGGGCGGGUUGGUGGGCGGGUGGCUGUGUGCCGCGCGGACGCCAGGGAUAGAUGGGUGCAUUGAAAUCCUACACCGGAUAAAUAAAAGAAAGCAGAAGAAGAAGACAAUAUCGCAACGAGUGGUGUGUGGACGUGCACGGGACUGUUUGUUUUGUUUAUUUGUCAGCGCGUGGGAAAUGUAGUAGCUGUCACGGCCGCUUGCAGGAGGAGGAUGGAUGCGUAACAGGACGGUUGGAGCCAGCUGUGGCCUGCUUCUAACGGCAACAUCUGGCCGUCCUUCUGCAGGGUCAGAGAGGGCGCCUCAGCAGCCGGCCGGCUCUGGAUUAUAGUACCGAGGUGGAGGAGAUGGAGGAAGGGGACGCAGAGGGGGAAGGGCCCUUGGUGCUCAGAGAGGGGCCGAGCGGUCACGGCCUCCCGCCGAACGCCAGCAGCACCACCACCAACAACCUCCUGGCGUCUGUCAAAGAGCAGGAGCUUCAGUUCGAGCGGCUGACUCGGGAGCUGGAGGAGGAGCGGCAGAUCGUGGCGAGCCAGCUGGAGAGGUGCAUGCUGGGAGCUGAGUCGCCAGCGGGAGACAGUAGCAGCUCAUCCGAGAAGUCGUUUGCAUGGAGAUCUGCAGGUGACGAGUUGCAGGGCGGAGUCAUGGAGGCGUCUGGAUGUCCUGGGCGUCACCUGGAGGCGGCGGAGGAGGGACUCUACAUGCCUGAACUGGACCGCGCCUCCCUGCAUGACAGUGAGGGCUCAGGAGGUCACUCGGCCCAGAUGACCUCGUAUUCAGACAGCGGCUACCAGGACAGCAGCGUUAGCUAUUACAGCAACCAGAACGUGGUGCGCUCGGAGCCCCGAGCCUCGAUAUCCAGAAGCCCAAGAGCCGAGGGUCAAGCCUCUGGGCAGGUGUCUGGCCGGGUGUUGCGGAGGAUGGCCUCGCUCCCCUCCAGGAGCCAGUCUCCCGGCGGCGGCACUGCUGGCACCGUCUCACCCUCCCGCAUCUCCCUGAGAACAUCCCAGGGCAGCAACUACGAUUCCCCCAUCCUCUCGGAGCCAAAGCCUCUGGCCGCCGUGUUCCCCGGCAGCGCCAUGCCGCUCUCCUGCCCUUCGCCAACCUCCCCGACGGACGUCACGCAGGCCCUGGGUGGUGGGGUCUUGGGAAGAGGUGGAGGACGUCUGGGCUCCACUCUGUCUCUGGUGGAGGGGAGGUGUUUGACGGGGUCACCGCUGCGUCCGGGGAUGACGGCGGUGCCGCAGCACUACGGCUCCACGCUGCCCAGGCAGAGCCAGCCGCUGACCUACGGAGCCGAUCCAUACGGCAUGUACCAGAGGAGCGCACUGCCCCGCCCCGACAGCCUCAUAGGGCUUCACAGCUCGUACGUCGGUCACGCGGGGCAGAUAGAUCCGGAGCUGAGGGCGGCGAUGUCUCCAGACUGCCACAUGACGCCCGUCUUCGAUGAGCGCUCCUUCCACAGCCCCCUGUACCACAGCCCCUCCCACGACCCCCAGGACUCCCUCUACAGGACGAACACAGGUAUGGCGACGCUCCCUCGCGCCACAAGCCACUGCGGCACGCUGCCGUUCCAAAGAAGCAGCUACGGGCUGAGCACCGCAGCUCUGUACGUGGACUCCUACAGGGUCGCCGGCGAGCCCGUCUUCUCCCACCGGCACUCUGGCCUGGUGGAGCGGGUGGCCACGCGCACCCCGUCCAUCGAGAGCAUCCAUAAGGACCCCAGGGAGUUUGCCUGGCGCGACCCCGAGCUGCCAGAGGUCAUCCACAUGCUGCAGCAUCACUUCCCCUCCGUCCAGGCCAACGCCGCCGCCUACCUGCAGCAUCUGUGUUACGGAGACAACAGGGUCAAGGUGGAGGUCUGUCACCUGGGAGGGAUCCAGCACCUGGUGGACCUGCUGGAUCACAAGCUGACCGAGGUCCAGAAGAGCGCCUGCGGGGCCCUGAGGAACCUGGUGUACGGCAAGGCCACCGACAACAACAAGGUGGCGCUGAGGAACUGCGGCGGCGUGCCCGCCCUGCUGCGCCUCCUCAGGAAAACCACCGACAACGAAGUGCGCGAGCUGGUCACUGGCGUCCUGUGGAACCUCUCCUCGUGUGACGCAGUGAAGAUGACCAUCAUCCGUGACGCUCUGUCCACGCUGACCAACACGGUGGUCAUCCCCCACUCGGGCUGGAGCAGCGUCUCGCACCGCGACGAACACAAAGUCAAGUUCCAGUCGUCUCUGCUGCUGCGCAACACCACCGGCUGUCUGAGGAACCUGAGCUCAGCAGGGGAGGAGGCGAGGAGUCAGCUGCGUUGCUGUGAAGGUCUGGUGGACUCGCUGCUUCACGUCCUCAAAGCCUGCGUCAACACCUCCGACUACGACAGCAAGAUCGUGGAGAACAGCGUCUGCACCCUGAGGAACCUCUCGUACCGGCUAGAGGUGGAGAUGCCCUCCUCUCGCCUGCUCGGCAACCAGGAGCUGGACACCCUGCUGGGCUUCUCCUCCCCGGCCAAGGAGCUGGACUACAUCUGCUGGGGCAAGAGGAGGCGCGGCAGGAAGAGGGGCGGCUGGCCCGACGACAAGUGGGACGGCGUCGGGCCGAUCCCGGGUUUCUCCCAGCACCUGCGGGGGGCGGAGCUGCUGUGGCACCCGAUGGUGGUGAAGCCGUACCUCAACCUGCUGGCCGAGAGCUCUAACCCCGCCACGCUGGAGGGCGCCGCCGGGUCGCUGCAAAACCUCUCUGCUGGAAACUGGAAGUUCUCAGCCUACAUCCGAGCGGCGGUGCGUAAAGAGAAAGGUCUGCCCAUCCUGGUGGAGCUGCUGAGGAUGGACAACGACCGGGUCGUCUGCUCCGUCGCCACCGCCCUCCGCAACAUGGCGCUGGACAGCCGCAACAAGGAGCUCAUAGGAAAGUACGCCAUGCGGGAUCUGGUGAACCGGCUGCCCGGCGGCAGUCCAGCUGUGCUGUCGGACGAGACGGUGGCGUCGGUGUGCUGCACGCUGCACGAGGUCACCAGCCGCAACAUGGAGAACGCCAAAGCUUUAGCCGACAGCGGAGGCAUCGAGAAGCUGGUGGACAUCAGCAAAGGACGGGGGAAAGGGUACUCGAUGAAGGUCGUGAAGGCAGCGUCUCAGGUGUUGAACACGCUGUGGCAGUACAGAGAGCUGAGGACCCUCUACAAGCAGGACGGCUGGAACUACACUCACUUUGUCACACCUGUGUCCACGCUGGAGCGAGACCGCUACCUGUCCCAGCCGACGCUGCCCACCAGCCCACUGCAGAUGUCCCCCGUCAUCCAAUCAGGCGGGAGCGCAACGUCCUCGCCGGCGAUGCUCGGGAUAAGAAGACACAGUUCAAACUACCAGAGAGCGCAGUCGUCUAUGCAACUCGACACGUAUUAUGGAGACAACAGUUUACACAAACAGCAGUACCCAGGGUCUGAGAAGAAAACUCCGUAUUUCAUUGGGACAUACUCGUCACAGUCAGGAGAGGAUCUGAGACGGUCCCAGCACACGGAGCCGUUUUACGACGAGCCCGACAGGAAGAACUACAACAGCUACAGGAUGUACCUGUCGUCCCCUCAAGGCUACGGAGAGGAGCAGUACGAGGACGAACCGGUCCACCUGACCCCGUCCUCCCCCGACGGUUACGCCGGCCAGUCGCUCCACUUCAAAGCCAACACCAACUACGUGGACUUCUACUCCACCACGCGGAGGCCUUCAAACAGGGCCAACAAGUUCACCGGCUCCCCCGACUCCUGGGUGUAGAAACAGAAUGGACAGCGUGUACGUCGAGCUGUUUCUGUGUGUGUGUGUGUGUGUGUGUGUGUGUGGGGGGGGGGAGCGCACGCCGUGUGAAAGGACGAGGACGCAUGUGAAUGUGCAUCUGUGUUGAAACUGUACCUGAACGACCAGGGCUCGGUUUGACCCUGUGCACAAUAAUGCAGAUAAACGUGACCUUCUAUCCACGCGCCGGCUCCUCGUCGUGCUGCGAGCGGAGGAAGUCUCUGAAAUCAUUUGACCUCUGAAAACACAAACUUUUAUCUGCAUUAUGUCGCACGUGGACUCAGCAUCUAUUCAAAAGGUGCUUUGUGAGAACCCCAGCCCUGACCUUGUUGUUUACGAGUGUUUGUUAAAGUCAACUUCAUUUUUUCUCUCCAGUGAAAACGUGUUUGUUGGCUUUAUAACAUAAAUAUGGUUCGCCAGCAUCAUCAUGAAUGUGAGAGACGAAUACUAUGUAUAGGGAUUAAACACGUGAGCAGCUAAACUAACUAAAACCACAGCAUCAAACCGGAUCAAACUCGCUCUACGAAUGAAAACAUGAUUGGACCCAGGUGUCGGGAACCUCUCAGACUCAGAGAUCCGGAGUUACAUCUGUAACCUGCGUCUCUGUAUGUUGGCCAAAACGUGCAGUAAUAUCAUAAAGUUUGUGAAAUGUGUGAAACUCUAUUUGUACAGAUACAAUGGUUUAACUGUCCUGUUACAUUGUUGUAUUCAAUAUGUAGAACUUUAUAUGUGGUUGUGUGAAGAAGACUUUUCUAUUAUUUAUUGAUUUCUAUUCAUUUUUCUUGUGACCAAAAUACUCCAUCUGUCUGUUCUGUCCAAAACUGAUGAUGUGCAAUGUUACAGAGGGAAAUAUAUGUAUAGGGAUUAAAGAUUAUAUCAUGGCAGGAUA